AUGGUUAAACCGACAAAUAUAAAUGCUGAUCAUCUUGCUGAAGAACGAUUAACAUGCGUACUUGUGCUUGAUACAUUCAAUAUUUACACAAAUGAAAUCGUUUCUCAUACGUCACUUCCAUUAUGUUUAUGGCCUGUUGAUGGUCGACCAUUACUUGAUUACACUAUUCAUACAUUAGUACGAUCAGGUGUGCAAGAAAUUAUCUUAUUAACAAGAUCACAUUCAUAUGAAAUUCAUUCGUAUAUAACGAAUAGUGAAUGGUCACGUACAUAUCCGAAGUUGAUUAAAUUCGUUUCUUGUAAAGAAGCACGCUCACUAGGUGAUUGUUUAAAAGAUCUUGAACAGGAACAUUUAAUAAAUGAUAAAAAUCACGACUUUUUAUUACUCCAUGGUAAUGGUACAUUGCUAACCAAUGAAAAAUUAGAUAAUUUAUUUACUAUUCAUAAAGAAAAUGUCAAAAAAGAUAAAAAUUGUAUUAUGACACUUGUUUAUCGUCAAUUAGAUUCAAAUUAUAUUGAACAUCCAUCAUAUACAGAUGAUCAAUAUUCGUAUAUUAUGCGUGAUGCUAAUACACAUCGUUUAUAUGAUUAUUCAAAAGAAUAUUCUGAUAUAUAUGAAAUACCACUUGAUUUAUUAGAAAAACCUAAUGUAGCAAUCGAAACAUUAUAUUGUUCAUUGGAUUGUCAUUUGGCAGUUUGCUCGCCUGAUGUUUUACAUAUAUUUAAAGAUAAUUUCGACUUUUUUACAAUGCAUGACUUCGUUAAAGGUGUUUUACGCGAUGAAGUCGCGAAUCAGACAAUUUAUUCAUAUUUAUAUGAAAAAGGUUAUUUCCUUCCCGUGCAUAAUUUACGUUUAUAUAUGAAAGCAACAUUUGAUAUUCUUCGUCGAUGGUUAUAUCCGCUUGUACCUGAAACCAUAGGAGCAAAACAUUCACAAACACCAUCAAUAGUUGCAAAUCCUUCAUCGCCUCCAUUAAAGUUAAAUGAUUCAUAUUUAUCAAUUUACAAUCAAUGGUAUCGAAUCACCUACGAUAGACACAAUAUAUAUAAACAAGGUGAUAUACAAUUAGAUCGUUUAUCAAAUAUUCAGCAAGAUGUUUUUAUUGGUUAUAAAUCUCAAAUUCUAUCUGGUGUAUGUUUACGUUCAUCAGUCAUAGGCCAAAAUUGUACUAUUGGUAAAAAUACAAAAAUUGAAAAUUCAAUCAUAUGGAAUCAUGUACAAAUAGGUGAAAACUGUUUAAUCAAAAAUUCUAUUAUAUGCGAUAAUGUACUUAUUCGUAAUAAUGUGCAAAUAGAUCAACAAUGUAUUCUUUGUAAAAAUGUUAUUAUUGGUACUAAUGUUCAUUUAAAUGAACGUAUGACUAUUAUUGCAUCGAACUCCGUAACAUCGGCAAGUGUCGUUGAUGAAAUCGAAAUUGAUGAUGAUAUUCCAAUGCCAUCAAAGAAUGUUAAACGUUCGAGUUCUAAACAACGAUCGAGUUCAACACGAUUAUCAGAAAAAUCUUUUUCGGAAAAAUCCGUUAGUUCCAGUAUGGAAGAAACAGUAACAUCAAAUAGUGAUUUAGUUGGUGCUGAUGGUUUAGGUCGAGAACUUAUUUUCGCUUCGACAUAUGAUGAUCAAACAAAAGCUUUUGAGCUCACAGACGACGACGACGACGAUGAUGAUGAAGAUGAUGAUAAUGAUAAAAAUGAGUUGAAUGCAUUCAAUGCUUGGGGCUAUCGUAUAAAACCUAUUGAAAAUAAAGAUAUAUUACAUGAUGAUGAUGGAGAUGCGAUUAAAAGUAAACAAUAUUGUCAAUCGAUGUCGAAACGAACUACUGAUCAGUCAAUCGAUAGUCAAACCGGAGAUGAAACAUCAGAAAAUGAUGAUGACAAUAAAGAUUCUUCAUCAGACGAUAAUUCAUCAGAUGAAGGAAAUGAAAUUAAUGAAUUUCAACAAGAAAUCAUUCGUACAUUAGAACGUGCUUAUAUACAAAAACUUAAUAUUGAAAAUAUUAUUGUUGAACUAAAUAUGUUAAAACCUACGUAUGCUGUAUCGCCAACUGAAUUUGAUCAAUCAAUAGUACAUGCUGUAUUUUUAUUACCACUUGAAAGGAAAAUUGCUAAUCCAGAAAAAACAACGUAUUGGAAUACAUUAAAAUUGACAUUAGAUCAAAUAUCACAAUUUAUUAUAAAAAAUUAUAUGAAAAUAACAAAUGAAUCCGAACAAGUAUUACUAUUAAAUGAAUUAGAUUUAAUUUGUUUGAAAUAUAUUCAACCCAUUGGUGAACGCAUUUUGAAUAUAUUGAAUUAUCUAUAUGAAAAUGAUGUUAUUAGUGAACAAUGGAUUCUAUUAUGGUAUAAAAAUAAACAGGAAAAAAUAAAAACUAAUCAACUAGAAGUAAAACCAGAAGAAAAAGUUUACUAUGAUAAACUUCAACAAUUUGUUGAAUGGUUACAAAAUGCAGAAAGCGAAGAUGAUGAUGACGAAGAUUAG